AGUGCGCUGAAAAGAAGAUACAGCAGAAUCAUAAUCUGGAAAUAGGCAAGAAAAGGCAUAGCCAUUAUGAAAGGAUAGACACUGAAAACACUUGUAGUACACUGAAUAAUGGCUUUACAACUGCAGAGAAUUUAACGUCAAACAUUACUGCAACUUGCUUUGCCAAACCAACUGUCAUAGAACACGCCCCAAAGCUGAAAACCGACCAAGUAUCAGAAAAAGAAUCUAAUUACUUACCAAAGGUCCCAUCAUUUCUGUGCACUGCACCAAAGAAUCCUUGUCUCACCCCUAUACAACAGAUUUCUACACAAGGGUCUACAAGUUUGCACCGCCUUUUGCCAACCUAUCACCCUCCUCACAUAGCGGCACGCAAGUCUUUGUCAUCACUGCUGGAGACUCAAAUGUCUUUAGCCAACUCAAAAUCCAAAUCACAAUCAACAUAUUGUGGACUUAUUCCUGUUCAGUAUGCUGCCCAUGGUGGAAUCCGAACUCUAACAUCAUAUCAAAGCCUUGUACCCUGCAGAACUGAACCGACCUCUUUGACAAAAACACGACAUGCAGUAGAUCUCUCAAAACAUGAUUCAGCAAAACAACUUAAUGGACGUGAUCAGGAUCUGCAUUCAACACAAAAAGAUUCAGAAUUUAAAACAGAAUGGACCAUCAACAAUAACAAAGAUGUAUUUGAAAACAGUUGUGAAGUCAAAACUCUUGAACCUGCGACAUCUAAUUUGGAUAUAACAAAACCAGAACUUCCCCUUGGCUUGGUACAGAAAAAUAUGUAUCAACCCACAAGUGAUGUAUCUACACGUAAAGCCUCACACUCUGAGGCUUCAAAAUUCAUUCCUACAGCAGGCUUCAGUCUCAACUCCAUCCCCAAACAGAGGAAUGUCACCGCUAUGUCAGCAAAACACUGGACUCAAUCACAAGGGCGUUUUGAAGAUCAAGGAUAUACCAGGAAAGACAGACACCCCAGCCAUCGAACCCUUCAAGAAGUCAGUGACAUCAACUGCAUCUUCAAUUGCUGAGCAAAAGAGACCCAGGCCAGGAACAUCUCCCGCACCUUCUGAUCCCAAGGCAGUGGAGAAGUCAAAAGGUCUGAAGGGUAAGCUCAGCGGAUGGACACGUCUUAAGAAACACUUGGUGGUUGAACCAGAAGAACCUUCGUUUCCAGAAUCACAGGCCAAUUCACAGGAUGAAACCAGUGGCAAGCAAAACGCACUUCAUGAUUCUCAGGAUAAAUCGGUAGCAGAUGAAUGUGAUAAUCAAGAUUUAGAGAGGAACAAAGAAGAUCCCAGGGCGCUAAAGAUGUGGGAUGCCCUCCUUUUUCAGAUGUUCUCCACAAAAGAACGAAUCAUGCACCAGCUCAAUGUCACAAAAAAGCUCAAUAUCACAAAAAAAGAUUCAGAAAAAGAGAAAGUCUCUCAAGAAAUCCAACCAGAGGUUCCAUCCUUUGUCAAUCGCCUACCAGUUUUGCUUUACAGCCCUCGAUUUGAUGCCAGGAAACUAAAAGAGGCAGUAGAGAAGCCAUUAUCAAAAAUAGCAGCUGUUUUCGGAAGGGGAUUGUUAAACCGAAAAACUCAGGAGGAUGAUCACAAAGACUUCAAUAGAACAGCCAGAGGAUUCGGCUCAAAUAAAAUUAAAUAAAAGUAACUGGGCUUAUGUGAUUUGGGUUGAUCAAUUAUAAUAUUUGGUGACACAAUAUAAAAUAUAAAAUGUGAUGAAGGAUAUGGAUGAUAAUGAGGGAAAUUUUCUCGACACACAUUUGUUCAGUUUUGCAGUAGGCAAAUAUACAGUGGGUUACAUAACGUAAUGAUGGGAUGGCAGUUUUGUUUGAACAGAGACAGGCAAUUAAAAAAACAAAAAACAGCAAACAAAUGUUAUCAAUGAAGUUGUAUUUGAUUGAGGGAAGUAUUUGAUGCCCUACCAUGAAGCAAGAAUUCUGACCCUGAUAGACCAGUGGUGGCCAUUAAAAGGGAUGAAAAGGACACCAACUGUGCGACAUAGAAGAGGAAACUUACCAAUUAAAAAAAUACCUCACGGCAUUGAGGAACCAAUGACUGGUUCCAUGUAUUUUAGAACCUCCUGGCCUCAACCUGAACACUAAAGAUCAGAUGCGUCCACCAGCCUGACGAUGACCCAAAACAUAAGGCCAAAGCAACAAAAGAAUGGCGAGAGAAGAAACAUCAGACCUUAAACAAAUACAAAAUAUGUGGAGGGAGUUGAAACCAAGUGGCAGCCUUUAACUGACUUGCCAACACGGGUUCCCCCACCAAGUCAUGUUUUAGCUUUAAGAUCAAAUACUUAUUUCCAGCAAUCAAAUACAACUUAAUUUAUCAUUUUUAUUUGAUGUUUUUUUCGAUCUCUCUGUUGAAAUUAACAUACAAUACAAAUGAAAUACUUUUCAUGUCUUUGUAAGGAGUAAACACAAAUGUUUGUGAAGAAUCAUCAGUAAAAACUGAGGUUAACAACAGUACUUUUGUUGUAAAAGUGGUUUUGAAGAAAAAAACUAACCUUUUCUGAGUACUAAUCACCCUUGACCUUACCGAAUGGUAGACCGUUACAAUGGCUACAAUGAAUACACAGGACAUCAAAUGCUAGGGCUGUAUUGACAUCUUUGAAAUGUUCAUAAUUAUUUUUUAUGAAUCUCAUCAAAAGUGUGUUUUAUUUCUGUUAAAAAAACAUUUUAAUUAUGGAUUUAGAUCACUGCCAUUAAGUUUUGUAAUUAAAAAUACAUGUUGGCAUUGUAGAACAUUUUUGAUUUAUACUGAAACAAGUAAUGUGGUACCUCGACUUUUCAGUGCCCCAACUUAGAAGUGUUUUGAGAUAGCAGCUGUCUCUCAGCUAAUUGUUAUGUUUUAAGUUGCACACACAAAUUUUAGUUACAAGCCUCCCCACCACUAAUUGGCGUCAUAGCGAAUGACAGAAUGAACCUCAUGAGAUCCGUCCAAAACAUCUGGUCUUAUCAGCUUGUACUGUAGAUACUCUACAAGGGGGCUACACGGUAGUCUAGUGGUUAGCAUGUGGGCCCCGCAGUCAGGAGUUCCGGGUUCAAAUGUUCCUAAUGAGGACAAUCAUUAUAGAAAAUGGAUGGAAUGAAGAAAGUGAGUGUGAAGGACAGUGCUGAGAAAAAGAAGUGGUUGAUAUUUAUUGAAUAAAGAAAGAAAUAAUCAAAAGCAUGAUGCAGAAUAAGUCGAUAAUGUGAGCCAAGAACGUUGACGGUGGACAUUUUUUCAUGAAAAUAUGGAGAAGCAGUUUCAGGAGAUACCGUAAGUCUGCUCUACAAAGUAAAUGCUUUAUGUUAUUAUUACACUACUACAUACAACUACUGAGAUUGUAUUACAUUAUGUUUUGUUAUAGAAAAUUUAUUUUAAAAAGGUGUUUUUUCAAAGCAAUGUUACAUGUUAGAAUUGUGGGUUUUUUUUGGGGUGG